AUGUUGAUGCAAUUUUCAACUAGUGUGGUAACAUUUGUUAGAAACUAUUCCACACAAAUUGGAACAAGAUUUCCUAUAAAGAAACCCCAAUUUGCCAAUGUUAGAAUACCCAGAAUCUCUCAAGUCCCUAAUGUGGAAUGGACUGAUGAGCAAUUGCAAGUUUUUGAGGCUGUUAAGCGCUGCGAAUCGGUUUUUGUUACUGGGUCUGCUGGUACUGGGAAAACCAUGUUAGUUCAGGAAUUGAUUAAGACACUUAGGAAAAUGUAUGGAAAAAGGUAUGUUUGUGUGACUGCUCCAACUGGGGUUGUGGCCUGUACUCUUGGGGGUCAGACCCUUCACUCAUUUGCUGGUGUUGGCCUUGCUGAGGCUGAUGCCGAGGCGUUGCUGCCUAGGGUUUAUGGUAACAGGUGGGUUUGUAAGAGGUGGACGAUGGUUAAAGCGUUGGUGAUUGAUGAAAUCAGUAUGCUAGUAGUCAGUGGCGAUUUCUUGCAGCUGCCACCAGUGAAUGUCGAUAAGAAUUUUGAUAAUCGAAAAGUAUUUGCUUUUGAAGCUGAUUCGUGGGAUUGUUCAUUUCAGUUACAAGUGGGUCUGAAAACAAUUUUCAGGCAAACAGACCCUGAACUUAUUAGGUUGCUUCAGGGUAUUAGAAGAGGGGAGUUAGAUGAUGAAGGUCAUGAACUUCUUAUGCAACGUCGUUGUUCUGAAGAGCCUGAUGGGGCUGUUUUGAGAUUAUUUCCAAGAAUAGAAGAUGUUGAUCGAGUAAAUGGUGCAAGAUUGGAAGGUGUGGGAGAAGAAAUUAUUUUUUAUGAAGCAUAUGAUAGCGGGGAAAAAAAUUGGAUUGAUCAAUUGGAUCGUGGAUUAGCUCCGAAGACACUUCACCUUUGUAAAGGUGCUAGGGUGAUACUAACAGUGAAUUUAAAUGUGAAGAAAAAGUUGGUGAAUGGUGCUACUGGUACAAUUAUAGGUUUCCGAAAGGCGAUUAGAGGUGACAUUGCGAAGAUAUGUGCUGAUAAGCUGUUGCCUAUAGUGAAAUUCGACUCUGGAUGUGAGAUGGAGACAGGUACUCGUACAUGGGAUCUAGUGAUGGGAGAUAAGAAGUGUGCUACAAGGAUGCAGUUACCCCUUAUGCUGGCAUGGGCGAUGAGUGUUCAUAAGUCUCAAGGCAUGACUGUGGACAGGCUUCACACUAAUCUCUCGCGGGCUUUUGGUUUUAGAACGAUUUAUGUUGCUCUUUCCCGUUUAAGAACCUUGGAUGGGUUUUCUGACUUGCAGCGAGUCAAUGGUGAUCAGCUUGCCAUGAUUACUAGUUUGUCUGAAAAUGGUAUACCUGUUGCUGAUGCAUAUCGUGUUAUAAGGGAUCAAGCUGGUGGUGAAGCCAAUCUUAGUUUUCUUCAAAGAGAUCUUUAUGUUGCUUUAAGUGGAGAAAAAAAGGAGUUUGAUGGUUGUGACACAAAAUAG